AGAAAGAGGCGCCGCAGGCCGCUCUCCUCUCCCUCUAGCUGCCCCUGGAAACACUCACCAGCCAUCCUUGCCAGGCCUCCGCCACAGACGCAAGUCCUCCGUCUAAGCCGCUCCUUCCCCUCGGAAGUGCGCUCACGUCCGGCCCCGCCCAGCUAAGCCGCCCCAGCGCUCAGCGUUGGCUUUCCCUUCCCAGCGCUGGUGGGCCUGGGAGCGAGGCGAGGUGAAGCGAGAGCUAGCCAUGAGGGGUUCCGGUCCCUACUGAGCAAAACGAUGUGAAGGUAAAGCACAGGCUGCUGACUUCAGAACUGAUUUCAUGGCUUCCUUAUUUAAGGAAUACAUGAAGCUUAUCUUUUCCAGCCUGUAGGUAGCACAUACAGAUGUUUGUCAUGGCAUCAGUGACUCCAUCAUUUACCUUCAAGGAGUUCUGCCCCUUGUACUAUCUUCUCAAUGCCAUUCCUACAAAGAUCCAAAAGGGAUUUCGUUCUAUUGUGGUAUACCUCACUGCGCUCGACACUAAUGAGGACUACAUCGCUGUGGGCAGCAGUAUUGGGAUGCUGUAUUUAUACUGCAGGCAUUUGAACCAGAUGAAAAAAUACAAUUUUGAGGGGAAAAAUGAGUCUAUUACUGUUGUGAAACUCUUGAGCUGCUUUGAUGAUCUUGUUGCUGUUGGAACAGCUUCGGGCAAGAUUGCUAUUUUUCAACUUGUCUCUUCGUUGCCUGGGAGAAACAAACAACUUCGGAGGUUUAACGUGUCUGGUGUCCACAAAAAUAGCAUCACAGCCUUGGCAUGGAGUCCCAACGGAAUGAAAUUGUUCUCUGGAGAUGACAAGGGGAAAAUAGUUUAUUCUGCUUUGGAUUUAGAUCAGGGUCUUUGCAACUCCAGUUUGGUACUGGAAGAGCCAUCUUCAGUUGUGCAGCUAGAUUAUAGCCAGAAAGUGUUGCUGGUCUCCACUUUACAGCGAAGUCUACUGUUUUAUACUGAAGAAAAAUCUGUCAAGCAAGUUGGAACCCAACCCAGAAAAAAUGCCGGUAAACUUGGAGCGUGUUUUAUACCUGGACUGUGUAAGCAAAGUGGUCUAAUGCUGUUUGCUGCAAGGCCUGGGAUUCGUCUUUGGAAAUCAGAUGUUCAUGGGACUGUCCAGGCCACAUUUAUUUUGAAAGAUGUAUUUCCUGCUGGAAUGAAGCCUUUUGAAUUAUAUCCCCGAGUGGAACCCUUUAGCAAGAGCAGCUAUAAUUUCCCAGACAGGCAGCUUGGACUCAUUUCCUGUUUUUUCCAGGAAGGAUGGGUGCUGAGCUGGAAUGAAUAUAGCAUCUAUUUAAUAGACACGGUAAACCAGACCAUGAUUGGAAGUUUGGAAGGAUCUGGCGAUAUUGUGUCUGUGUCUUGUACAGAAACUGAAAUUUUUCUCUUAAAGGGAGACAGAGAUAUCAUUAGAAUCUCGAGCAGACCAGAAGGAUUGGUGUCAAUAGUUUCAGAUAUGAAUGGAAAACUGAUGAGCCCAUUGUCCGAUUUGAGCCCCAAACUACAGAGCCCACACUCAGUCAUUACGUCUGUGUCAUCUGAUCCUUCUCCAGAAGCCAACCAAAAACCAAAUAGCUUCCCUUUGUCCCAAACUCCUGGUGAUAAAAAUGGUGCCGUAGCUAGAGCUGACCUGGAAGUAGCGCUGCUGACGGAGAGAAUUCGCUCUCAGAGCUUUAAUGGACUAGGGGACUUGAGCACUGACCCAAGAAGAAGAGGCUCCUCAGUAGCAAGUGAACCAAGGAGCAGGAGCAGCUCCAUGAAUUCAGUGGACAGCAGCUGCAGUUUCUUGACCAAUAGAGAUCAAGCCUCAUUCGAGGUACAGAAAGGCUGUCAGCUUUCUUCUUUUCAGCGGUUCAGUGUGAUCAGCUCUGAAGAUUUCAAUCAGGAACUGAUUGUCAAACCGAUCAAAGUGAAAAAGAGGAAAAAGAAAAGACCUGAAAAUGGGACCAGGAAAAAUCUUAGCUCUCUGGAAAGCACUCCGUGUUGUGAGCAUCGAGACUUUGCUGAUAGCCCUCAGUCCGUAAAUGCAGGUUCUUCCUCCAUGGAGUCUAGCCUGAUGAGCAGUAUUGUGGGCUGCUUAAGCACGAGUUCUGCAGACCAGGAAAGCCUAUUCAAUGCAGAAUCCCAAAAUGCCCUGCAGGAAGAGAAUGACUCGGAAACAUUCAGUGUACUUCAGUCUCCAGAGUUAGUAGCUGCUCUGACCCCAGAGGAUGAGGAUGCACCUGAACUCCUGAAACUUUCUAACGGUGAGAGUGAAGCUGGCACAUCACCUCCUAUGAACUCCUUGGCUUCCAGUUCCCCAUUUUUUCUUGCAGAAGACAAAGCAGUUAGUGAUGACGUUGAACGUCAUUGGAGCCCUACAUCUGAGCGGAGUGAAGUCGAGUCAAAACCACUAGCCCAAGAUGAAGAGUCUUGCCUUCUCCCAUGUAAAACGGAGGACACUUUAGAUAAAUUAGAUCUGCUGUGUACUUUAGAUUCUGUGGAGGAGACAAGCCCUGAGAAAGGGGUGUCUGAAAAUGUGAAAACCAGCUCUAGUGCUGGGGAACCAUUUGGUCAGGAUGCGGGAGCUGAAACCCACACAGAACAGAAGAAGCAGCUUCCUCUAAUGGAGCCGAUCCUCUCAAAUCCCCUUUUUAAAGAAGAGGUGUCCCUCCAAGAGAGUCUGUUACCUGGACAGGGCUUCAGGGAUCCACUGAAAGCUAAACCCAGCGCCAACACUGGCAGUGAACGGAUAAGCAACACCUGCGAUGUGAGAGCUGAGAGAUCUGCAUCGAGUGAUGAAGAGGAUAUCUAUGGGCAUGGCUUGCCUUACUCAUCCUCAGAGACUAGUGUGACAGAAGCUGGGGGCUGCUUUCCCCCCCAGGAAAAAGUCAGAACAAGCAGAGAGGAAGGGGCGCUUUUAAAGUCCGAUCAGUUUGCAGAAAGCUGGAUGGGCUAUGCAGGGCCUGGCUAUGGAAUACUGAGCCUGGUUGUCUCUGAUAAAUACAUCUGGUGCCUGGAUUACAAGGGUGGCCUGUACUGUAGUGCUUUACCUAGUGCUGGUCUACGCUGGCAGAAGUUUGAAGACAAUGUCCAGCAGGUGGCAGUCUCUCCUUCAGGGACUCUUCUCUGGAAGAUUGAACAAAAAACCAAUAAAGCCUUUGCCUGUGGAAAAGUAACAAUAAAAGGAAAACGUCACUGGUACGAAGCUUUGCCCCAGACGGCGUUUGUCUCUUUGAGCGAUGACACUGCCUGGAUUAUACGAACAAACGGUGAACUGUAUCUGCAGACAGGCUUAAAUGUGGAUCGUCCCUGUGCCAGAGCAGUGAAGGUGGACUGUCCGCAUCCGCUAGCACAGGUUACAGCCAGAAACAAUGUUGUCUGGGCAUUGACUGAGCAACGUGCACUUCUGUACCGUGAGGGUGUAAGCAGCUUCUGCCCUGAAGGGGAGCAGUGGAAAUGCGAUGUCAUCAGCGAAAUGCAAGCUCUAGAGCCAGUGUGUGUUACUCUUGGAGACCAGCAGACCAUAUGGGUUUUAGACAUCCAUGGGAAUCUAUGGUUCAGAACGGGUGUUGUUUCAAAGAAACCGCAAGGGGAUGAUAACCACUGGUGGCAAGUAAGCAUUACAGAUUAUGUAGUGUUCGACCAGAGCAGCCUUUUCCAGACCAUAAUCCAGGCAACCCAGACAGUUGCCACGGUGGCCCAGGCCCCUGUCGAGAAGGUGGCAGACAAGCUCCGCACGGCUUUCCGGUCACAGCAGCUUCAGUGUCAGCCGAGUCUUCUUGCUGUCAACAGUAGUGGCGUCUGGAUCUCCUCCGGGAAAAACGAGUUUCACGUAGCGAAGGGAAGCCUAGUAGGUACAUAUUGGAAUAACGUUGUGCCUCGUGGCACUGCUUCAGCCACAAAAUGGGCUUUUGUGUUGGCUUCCGCAGCUCCAGCAAAAGAAGGAAGCUUUCUAUGGCUGUGCCAAAGUAGCAAAGACCUGUUUUGCGUCAGUGAUCAAAAUCCGCAAUUCCAUCCUUCCACGGUUCAACUACCGCCUGAUGGUGAAAUGGAAUAUUAUUCAGCCUGCCAGGAUGCCAUAUGGAGCCUGGAUCACCUGGGACGGGUCUUCAUAAGGACACUUUCACCAAAUUGCCCAACUGGGAUGCACUGGACCAAAUUGGACCUUGCUCAGUUAGGUGCUGUGAACCUUAAAAGUCUGGCAUGUGGAAAUCAGCACAUCUGGGCCUGUGACAGCUGUGGUGGUAUCUACUUCCGGGUUGGAACUCAGCCUCUGAACCCAAGUUUAAUGCUGCCUGCAUGGAUCAUGAUUGAGCCACCAGUUCAGCCAGUCGGAGUCAACUUGGUCAGCGUGUACUCAAGUCCUAACGAUCAGAGCCUGUGGGCGAUUGACAACAAAUGCAACGUUCAUGUACGCACUGGGAUUUCAGAGGAGAUGCCUGUAGGCACAGAUUGGGAACAGGUUCCAGGGCUCCAGGCAUGUCAGCUGGCAAUAAGCACAAGGACUGUUUGGGCACGGUGUCUCAGUGGGGACAUAGCACGCCGGUACGGCAUCACAGAUAAAAAUCCCGCAGGAGAUUAUUGGAAGAAGAUUCCAGGGAAUGUUUCCUGUUUGGCAGCUACUCCUCUAGAUGACCUGUGGGCCGUUGGUCCUUCAGGAUACCUCCUUCAGCGUCUUACAAAGACGUUCCACCAUUCUCACGCCUUGCAGAAACACGGUGAUGCUUCUAUGUCAUUUCACUCAGACGAUUUUGAAGAUGAGUGGGAAGUAAUAUGAGGGCCUCACGGCUCUGGAGCAACAAAAUAGCAAAAUAACAAGAAAACACACUUGGGAAUCCUGUUACAUGCUGUCAGGCUUUUAGAGCCACAGACAUUUGGCAACAGUCGCACUUUGGUAUUUAAAAAACUGACGUGUCACAUAGCCCCCAAACUGUGUAGUGAGGUGUCUUGUCUCGGUAUCUCUUGGGUAAGAUGGGCAAUGUGACUUCAAGGAAACGUUAAACUUGUCUUUAUUGUAGCUGUACGUUUUUUAAAUAUAACGUGUCAAUUUAACCUCAUUAGCAACAAAACUAUUUUGCUCUAGCAUGCAAACUAAUACCUGUACAACAUUGGGAAGGAUGUCUCUUACCUAGGCUGUAUCUCAACAGCAGAAAUACAUUUUUCACUUCUUGUACUUUUACACUGAGUAGGAGAAAAUGGGUGCAGUGUGGAUGCAGAUCACAUUUCAGUUUGCCCUUCACUGAAAGGAACAAAACAAGAUAACACUUCUCAGUCGGAAGCCAACUCAAUGAUGCACUGUUUGGUAUUGAGUUUAAAAUCUCUUGGGACCAUUUUCAUCAUAACUUUCAGGGUUCCACUAAACCUUUUGCUCUGUGAUGGGUUAAAAAGCAAAUUUCACACAUUGCUGAAGAGUUUGGAUUUGUCCCAGUCUUUAUCCAGACACCAGUUUCCCUUUAUACAUAACCCCAGGACAUUAAUGGUGUUUGUUUCACAGAUCCCAUGAGGGAGUUAGACAGAAUGUUCUUGUAAGAGGUUGUCAAGCUAAUAAGAGGAAGGUGGCUCUGUGGGUGCUAUUUAGCACUGCACUUGGCCUGACUGAACUGUGCCUGUAACCAGAGGAGACUGAAUUUCCAUUUUUGUACCAACAAUUUAGAAUGAAAACAAAGUGAUAAUAAAGAGAGGAAUUUAUCUCAUAAGAGACUCUGUGGUAUUCAUCAGGUUUUCAGAAUGGUAGUCUUUUUAGCUAUAUUAGCUAAAUCUUGCAAUGUUUUACAUUUGAGAUGUUUACAGCAGAGGUGCUUAACUGGAUAAUUUACUAACCACUGUAGUUUGUAUUUCAUAAAGACUAAUUUCCUUUUUUAAAAAAAUCCUAUAAGAGAGGUCUUAAUUCCAGUGGCUUAGAUGGGAAAAGUUUGUCCUGUUCUUUUAUUUAUUUGAGGAACAGAGGCAUCUUUGGGAUUUUUUAAACAGCUGCUAAGGAAUCUGCAGAUGAGCCAGCUUCCAACAGGGGAUCGGGGUAGUGGAGAAGCUUGGAAACCCAAGGCGCACAGGUCAAGGAACAUGUUUUUUUGUUUUUCUUCUUAAGCUACCCUCUGGUAGAUUAUGGGGAGAACCAAUGCAUGCCAAGAAUACAGAGCCUCUGUGUAUCAAGAGCUAACUUUGGUCACCAUACAUACCUGUUUUGCAACAAGCACUUGCAUAAUUAGUGCUUGGUUCUUCUCUUUCAGUUUAGGGUGACUAAGAGGUCGUAUUUGUUUCCCUCUGAGAGCUGAUCUGUUUUGCUUGAUCUCUGCAUCUAUAUAUGGAGCCAGCCUCAGAAUUUCUUUUUUUAGUCUGCCACUGGAUUUGUAACCAACUCAGCUACUGAAGUUUACCCGGUUCACUUGAGCUGUUUGUGGAGCCCCACUGGCAAGUAAAACAUCAAAAUUGUCCAAGACACUACUCUGAAGUUGAGAACUUCUGGAGGGUGGGAAUAGCACUGUUUUGCACUCCUCCUGGCCAAAAACCAGGUGUUCAUAUUACAAUACUGAAAAUAAAUGACAUUGUUAAAAAUAUAUACAUACAUUACACUUUUUUAAAAAAGACCUAAUGAUAAUGGCUUGGCUUGCUAGUUGUUUGUAUUCUGUACAAUAGUGCACUUUUCUUUGUUCAUUAACACUAGCUGGUGUUGGCAGCCCCUUUAAGCCAGUGAGAUUUUUUUUUAAAUGUUGUUUCAUCUAACAAUCUGAAAUGUUUACUGUCUUUAGUUUCUUGUCACCUUUGUGUGAGGGUUUUCUUUUCUGUU